GAGGUGCCGAACCCAUCUACAGCUCCCAAAACCGCAAAACCAGGAAACCCACGCACCCGUCCGCCGCCCCAGCCGCGCCGCUUCCUCUCGCCAUCCCCCCUCGGCGCCGCAAGCCCGUAACACAUAUGGCGGGCACCGCGAGGAAGGCAUCGGCCGUGCUGUACCACUACCCGUGCCCGGACGGCGCAUUCGCCGCGCUCGCCGCUCACCUCUACUUCUCCGCCGCGGCCCUCCCCGUCCGAUUCUUCCCCAACACCGUCUACGACCCCAUCAGGAGCGAUGGUCUUCCGUUUGAUGAAAUCGAAGAUGUUUACCUUCUUGACUUCGUAGGGCCUCCUGGUUUUGUUGCUGAUAUAGCCCCGAAGGUUCAGAGUGUUACAAUCUUAGACCAUCAUAAGACUGCCAUGGAAAGUCUGUGUGGGAGUGCCACACUUGGAGAAAACGUGAAUAAGGUGAUUGACAUGCAACGCAGUGGAGCAACAAUUGCAUUCGACUACUUUAGGAACAAGUUAUCGACUGAAGCUAGUACUUCACGGAAUCAUGGAAGUGGUAGUUCUGCAACUGAAGUGAAAUAUCUACCUGAGAACAAGCUUGAAAUGGUACAUAAGCUUUUCAAGUUUAUUGAGGAUGGAGAUCUAUGGAGAUGGACUAUUCCGAACAGCAAGGCCUUUAGCAGUGGUCUCAAAGAUCUGGAUAUUGAAUUUAAUGUCAAUGCAAAUGGGAAGUUGUUUGAUCAGUUGCUGGAGUUGGAUCCUGAGCAAGUCAUUUCACGGGGACAAGUAACAUUAUCGAAGAAGCAAACAUUAAUUGAUGAUUGUUUGGAGAAGUCCUUUGAAAUUGCACUAGGAUGUGGCCAGUUUGGGAAUUGUCUGGCUGUCAACGCUGAUGCUAUUUCAAUGCUGAGAAGUGAACUCGGAAAUCAGCUUGCUAACAAGAGUCGGAAUUCGAAUCUGAGAGCUAUUGGCGCUGUAGUAUAUAAAGUCCCUGAGUUGAACAAUGACGAGAUGCUAAAGAUUAGUUUGAGAAGUUUGGAACAAGAAGACACGACUUCUAUCUCUCAGGAAUAUGGGGGCGGUGGGCACCGAAACGCAAGCUCAUUUCUGUUGAGUGUUGCGGAAUUUGAGAGGUGGAAGGUUGGAGCUGAACCUUCGACUGCCUAGCCGGCCCGGCUUUCUCUAUUACUCCCAUCAAAGAAGGAAGUGCUAAGGUUCAGAAGGAAGAAGACACAGAAAGAUGCAAAAGGAUGUGAGCGAGUUGAUUUUUAGGUUCUGGGGCGCAGCCCAUCAUCACGCGGAGGAGCACAUCGCAGAUAUGUGCACAGACUUGUUCGGCGUUGUGCUAUCACGCCAGCCGUAUUGUUUGACGCUCGUGAAUGUGUUGUGGAGCAAAGGGUUUGCUUUACCAAGUUUGCUGAAACUGUUGGCUUCAGUGUCUAGUAGUACAGUACAUUGUAUGUGUACUUUUUCUGUAGGCUAAUCCCCUAAAAUGGUGCUGUGAA